AUGGACUAUUAUGAAGGAAAUGGCGAGGCAGGGCUUGACCUUGAUAUCAAAGAGCCCCAUCAAUUCAGAGGCGUCGCACCGAAUCCCUUGAUUGAUGAUCUCCGAGCUCAAGACUUGCCUCGAGGCGUGCUUAUUCCUCUGAAGACGACUCAGGAGGUUCGCCAAGACCACAGUAUAGUGCAGGCCUACAUUACAAGAGUCCCAACCAAGUCUGCCAACGAUGUUAUCACCCUCUUGCGCGACAUGUGCCCUGAUGGUAACGCUAAUACCUUACCACACCUCCGUCGAUGCGCAAAGCCAUCGGAUCUCCCUGCUCAUCUCAAAACGCAGUUGAUGAAUGACACGCCCGUUGGACGACAGAUUCACACUGCAAAGUCAACUUGGAUAUACAUCAUCGUGGGAGAGGCAAAGGACUUUGACCAAGAAGAACUCAUUGAGCUGCUAUCUGGCGUGGAUGGAAUCGAGAAGGAACCCUUCAUUAGUCUUAUCCCAGUUCCGUUGUUGGCGCCGACAUCCCAGGUCCAGGCCGCCAUGUGGUCUUCACAGUUCUGGCCAACCGUCUAUCGCAAGAACAACCCUCUAGGGCCACAUCCGGGCAUGGUGGCUCGUGGCACCGAGGACAUUAAGCAUGACACGGCAAUUUGGAUGGCGCUGGCCCAUCGCGUCGCUCUCCAAGCCAAGGAAGCAGGCAUCGGAGAGGCCAUGGGGGCCGUGAUUGUCCAGAGGGGAGAGAACGGUACAGAACUCGUUGGACUUGCUGGAGAUGCCAGACACCACCAAGGGGGUGCCCUGAUUAUGGGCGGCAACAACCCAAUGUCGCACUGCGUCUUGCGCGCUAUUAGCAUGGUGGCCCAGAAACUCGUCCGAUAUGAGCGAUUGGCCACCGAACAAUUGACAGAGUACGCCGAUUUGGACUUUGAUGCCUUCCAGGACACACCCUUGAUUGAACUGGAAAGGGAGUGCUUCAACCAAGAGCACCCAAAUAGAGAUGGCUACCUAUGCCACGGACUAGAGCUCUACGUUACUCACGAACCAUGCGUGGCGUGCUCCAUGGGCGUGCUCCACUCACGCAUGGGAAAGGCGGUAUUCUGCAACCAUAUGCCUCGAUCAGGCGGCCUGAGCUCAGAUGAUCGUCCUGAUGGAGGUGGACGAGGGUUGGGUCUUUUCUGGAGACGAGAGCUCAACUGGAGCUUGUUGGCCUGGGAGUGGGAGCGCGAUGGCGUACCUGACCUCCCCCCCGUUGAUCCAACCACUCACGUUUAGGAUUACCACCUCCGAGGACGAUAUGAGACUCGAUACUGCUCACGUUGGCUGGAGCAGGGCAGGACGUUGGAGUCCUCCGGGCAGGGGAACGCCCGAGCUGUGUGGGACGGGUUUGAUACAAAUAUAAUGCGCUGUUGCUGCGUCGGAUUGUGUCUGUUUGUACGAGUACUUGAUCAUGGAAAAUGCAUAUUGCUACGAAGCUGUUGGCGACGAUUGAGAGGAGAGCUGCAUGACAUGGGAGAGGGGUUAGAUAAUCCUCUGUUCGCUGAAGGUACGCGGUACGGAUUACGAGGUAUCAGAUUACUUUGUGGAAAACUUGUGGCUUUUGGUCUGGCAUGGCACGGCGAACGGAUGAUUGAAUUGGUAUUGGCAAAGAUGUUUAUUAGUGGCUUAGCCCGGCAAGGGAGCAAUAAAUCAAAGAUGGUAUUUCUUGCG